AUGAUCAACAUCUGGGGAAAUGAUUGCCAGUGCAAUCGGGAGGCUGUUAGUAAAAAGGCCUUUCCCUCCAUGUAUUCAUCUUCCCUGGAGGCAGCUGCUUUGCAACUCUCGGGUUUCGACUGGCAGAUGCAAGCCAACAAAAAUGCUCACCACACAGACAAGUUCUACAGCGACCAGCUGAUCACCAGGAGGGGCCAGCCCUUCAGAGUGAGGCUGAACUUCAACAGACCCAUCGCCUCUGGGGAGAGGCUGACCUUCACAGCCUCAACAGGCCCAAACCCCUCUGAAUCAGCCCGGACCAAAGCCGUGAUUCCUCUGUCUACUGGGUCAAGUGACAGUGGCGGCAGCGGAUCCUGGAGCGCAGUACUCUCGUCCAACAACAACGGCUCGCUGAUCGUCAACAUCUCCAGUCCAGCCUCCUCCCCCAUUGGUCGAUACACACUCAGCGUUCAGAUUGCCUCUCAAAGCGGAAGCACUUCCACGACUCUGGGGACGUGGGUUCAGCUGUUUAACCCCUGGCUGCAAGUGGAUGCUGUGUUCAUGUCGAAUAAUGCAGAGAGAGAAGAAUAUGUGGAAGAAGAUGCUGGUAUCAUAUUCGUAGGGAGCGCAAAUCGAAUCAACAUGGUUGGCUGGAAUUUUGGACAGUAUGAAGAAGACAUUCUGAACAUUGUCCUCGCGAUCCUGGACAGGAGCCUCAACUUUCGCCGUGACCCCAUCACUGACGUGGCCCGAAGAAAUGACCCUAAAUACGUUGGCCGAGUGCUGAGUGGCAUGAUCAAUGGCAAUGAUGAUAAUGGUGUGUUAUCUGGGAACUGGAGUGGAGAUUACACUGGUGGCAAGGACCCCAGGAACUGGAAUGGCAGUGUGGAGAUCCUGAAGGAAUGGAAAAAAAAUCGUUUUCAACCUGUCCGCUUUGGCCAGUGUUGGGUCUUUGCCGGGACCCUGAACACAGUGCUUCGGUGUUUGGGGAUUCCUGCCCGAGUGAUCACCAACUUUAACUCAGCCCACGACACAGACCGAAACUUGACCAUAGAUGUCUACUACGACCCUCUAGGAAACCCAUUAGACAGAGGGAGUGACAGCAUUUGGAACUUCCAUGUCUGGAAUGAAGCAUGGUUUGUUCGAACUGACUUGAACUCACAAUAUAAUGGAUGGCAAGUGUUGGAUGCAACUCCACAGGAGAGAAGUCAAGGAGUGUUCCAGUGUGGUCCUGCUUCUGUCACUGCCGUCCGGCAGGGUGAUGUGAACCUGGAUUUUGAUAUGCCCUUUGUGUUUUCGGAAGUGAAUGCUGACCAGAUCACCUGGAUUAUCAGCCCUAAUAACAGCAAAAAACAAACCUCAUCUAAUACCAGCUCUGUGGGCAGAUUCAUCAGCACAAAGGCCGUGGGCAGCAAUUCCCGCAUGGAUGUCACAGACAAGUACAAAUAUGCUGAAGGUUCCAAGGAGGAGAGGGAGGUAUUCAAGAAGGCUCUGCAGAAACUGAAGCCCAGCUCUGGGUUUGGCGCCACAGCAGCUGGGACAGAAAACCCAGUGAGGUCACCCAGCAUCUCUGGGAAGUUCAAGGUCAAUGGCGUUCUGGAAGUGGGGAAAGAAGUCAACCUGUCCCUGCAGCUGAAAAACCUGAGUGAGGACUUGAAGACCAUCUCGGUGAACAUGACAGCCUGGACCAUUGUGUACAAUGGGACUCUGGUACAUGAGGUGUGGAAGGACUCCAUCACAGCUUCUCUGGACCCUCAAGAAGAGAUGGAGUACCCAUUGAGGCUCACAUACGCUCAAUAUGAAAACUUCUUGACGGCAGACAACAUGAUCCGCAUCACUGCUGUGUGUCAAGUUACAGAUGAAGCCGAGGUUGUGGUGGAGAGAGAUGUCAUCUUGGACAACCCUUCCAUCACUCUGGAGUUGCUGGACCAGGCCAGAGUGCAGACCCCUGUAAAUGUGCGUGUUCUGUUUGCCAACCCCCUGGAUGAACCAGUGAAUAAUUGUGUGCUCACGGUGGAAGGCAGUGGUCUCAUGCGGGGCAACCUCAGGAUUAAGGUGCCAUCCCUACGCCCUAAGGAGCGUUCCAACUUCAAGUUUGAGAUCACUCCCCUCAGGAGCGGCACCAAACAGCUGCUCAUUGACUUCUCCUGCAGCAAGUUCCCAGCGAUCAAGGCCUUCCUGUCUGUCGAUGUGACCGAAUGA